AUGCUCAUCACCAUCACAGGUCCUAUCACAAACCCCAUCACCACCAGCCCCGUCACCAUCACCGGUCCCAUCACCAUCCUCAUUUUCAUCACCAUCACCAGCACCAUCAUUGUCCCCAUCACCAUUCUCAUCCUCGUCACCAUCACCAUUCUCAUCCUUGUCACCAUCACCAGCCCCUCCAAUGUCACCAUGCUCACCGCCAGCCCCAUCACCAUCACAGGUCCUGUCACAAACCCCAUCACCAUCACUGUCCCCAUCACCAUCCUCAUCACCAUCACCAGCCCCAUCACCAUCACCAUCCUCAUCCUCAUCCUCAUCACCAUCACCAGCCCCUUUGAUGUUACCAUGCUCAUCACCAGCCCCAUCACCAUCACCGUACCCAUCAAUGUCCCCAUCACCAUCCUCAUCACCAUCACCAGCCCCUUCGACGUUACCAUACUCAUCACCAGCCCCAUAACCGUCAACUCACCAACCCCUUCGAUGUCACCAUGCUUAUCACCCGCCCUGUCCCCAUCACCAUCCUCAUCACCAUCACCAGCCCCUUCAAUGUCACCACGCUCAUAG